AUGGCCGCAACAACGGGAGGUGCAGCGGACUGGGGCAUUUUCUCUGCGGUUACGACAGCCUCGAUGGACGGUGCCCCAUCCAAGGUCUUCGUUUCUGCAGAGACGACAGAUCCUCCAUUGCCUUCGCUCAGUAGAUCAUGGACAACCGCCACGAUGGGAGUGGGUACAGCGGCCGCGACGGGAAUGGGUACAGCGGCCGCGACGGGAAUGGGUACAGCGGCCGCGACGGGAAUGGGUACAGCCAUCCGCGGAGACGCAGUGGCGGGCCUCGUCGGUACGGACUUUGCCACUGUUGAAGACUCAUUGGCCUUCCGAGGGUCCGACGGGUUUGGAAAACACAUCGACGAACAACCCUGCGACGGAGCCUGGACAGUUGCGGGGAGACUUUUGGCUUUUGUGGCAGCCACCUUCCUCGCGCGUUUCUGGCCUCGGAUGGUCGAGGCUACACUGGCAGCUGAGCCGUCCGAUGCCUUGUGGUGCUCAGCACCAUCGUCCGUUGACCGCUUUCGCUUCUUUGAUACCUGCGGAGCGGCACUUGCGCUCGGCGGUAGUAUCGAUAUGGCCAGUGAGGCCCCUUUGCGCCGCGGGCCACUCAAUGUCCUGGCCGAAAGAGGCAUUGAUUCUUCACGGAUCCUGCGAGCGAAGUCCCCACGGACUGGCUUUGCUCCCGUCAAUGCCGCACUGCUACGUACCGGAGAGUCAUCGAUCACUAUCGGGUCUGCAUGCGUGCCCGACGGGUACGUCAACUUCGACGGCCGGGGCGCGUCGUUCGAAGUUGGUGUUGCGUCGCGGUUGCGGCGCCGAGGGGUGGUGGGCUCCUUCUGGUACACAUUCCGCGAGGUCGACGCUUCGGCGACGGUGACGGGUGAAUAACCGCCCUGGGAAGUAGGCGGGUAUGUGGUAGGUCGCCCAGCAGCUCGCUGUGCGUAGAUGACUGCAGGGGUCCCCGAUGGAUAGGGGAUCCACCCCGUAGGAGCCACAAAAGGAGGGGGUCGCGAUGCAGGGGCCGA